AAGGCUCACUGUGGCGGGGAGCCGCAGAAUAAAAAAAUGCUGAUGUUGACACUGGAGCUAGUACACUAUGGUCGGCGUGGCUGGGAAGUCGAAAGGCUGCAAUACCUGUCGAAAGCGGAAAAUAGCAUCACGGAGAUUCAACGAGUGUCAUUCCUAGAGACAAGCCCCGCCUAUCGAUUAAUCCAGAGUCGAAUCGAAUCCCACAGUUUGGUUCACGCUUUUCUCUCAAAUUGCUUUCCUCCAGAAUGGGUAUCCUGGAUCACCUUACUCGGUCAGCUUCCAACCAAGGCUGAAACCCUCGAGAUAUCCACUGUGGCAGUUGCGGCGUCGGCGGUUGGAACCAUGUUCCACAUGCCGGAUCUGGUCCAACAAGGUCACAGGUACUAUAUUCAGGGCCUUCGUCAGCUGCAAAGGUCCUUGAAUGACCCGCUUCUCAUGCGCGAAGACGGAACUCUCGCAGCUUGCAUGGCCCUGAGCCUUUACGAAGCCCUUGAAUGUCCCACCGCGGGAUCUGAAGGCUAUUUCAGUCAUUGUCAGGGUAUUAUGGCGUUGAUGCAAGCCCGUGGUGUAAAUGCGCAUACCUCUGGUGCGGGUCAUCAGUUGUUUCUAGGACUUCGGGUUCCAGGGGUACGUCUCAUUCUAUAUGCCUUGCAACAAAGUACCUCCACUUCCUUGUCCGAAUCUAUUUGGAUGGAGGAGCCUUGGGCAGGAUACCCCAAGUCAUCAUUUGAUCGUGUAACGGAUUGCUUUGCCCAUGCGCCGGGGAUCCUGGAGCGAGUGAAAACAAUUCCCUCCUUUCAUCUCAAUCAACAACUUGCCUUGGUUUAUGAGCUAGUUCAGGAAUGCUGGCAGGUUGACAAAAGCUUGGACGCUAUAUAUGACGAGAUACAGAACGCGCCUGGCCCGCUAUACUGGCCGAUCCCUUCGCAAAACAUCUUUGAUUUCGAUGCUGAUUUUGUUCGGAAUGUUUUAUGGUUUUCCAACAUAUCAAUUGCCAGAACACUUAUACUCUUAUGGGCCAUGCGGACUAUGUUGUGGUCGGGUCUAUGCAAUCUAUACAAGCAUGCUGGGUUCCUUGCAACCAUCGAGGGCUGUACACCUGUCACUGGCGAAACUGGUCUACCCUCUCUUGGUCAUCGCGAAGACUAUAUUUCCAUGGCCUACCAUGUCUGCCAGUCUGUGGAAUACUUUUUGCAAAAUGACAUGUUGCUGGCUGGGCCGAUAUCGGUCAGUCCGGCACUUGGUAUUGUGCUUGACGGUCUCCAGCACCGAUAUCAUCCUCAGGAGGUUGCGUGGCUUCAGUCAGCUCUUAAAGUAGUCCGAGGGAAAGGUCUUCGUGCACUGGAGUAUGUUACCUAG